GUACGCGUGAUUAUGCAAAUAUUUUCGAAGCUUGACGGGAAGGUAAAUAAACAACCAGCUACAAGUAAACACCAGCAAGAUGGCGGCAGAGCACCAAAACCGUUAUACAGAUAAACAGUUAGUUGAGAUUUCACAACUGGAGAAGGACCUCCAUAACUGGCGGGAUGUCAUCAUCCAUGCAGACAGAGUGCUACGGUGGGAGAAACCCGUCUAUCCCAUCAUCCUUUGUUCAUGCCUCACUGUUUUGUUCUGUAUUGUCAUGCUUCUGGUGUACUGGUUGGAACCAUCAGUGUUGACGGGGGUGUCCACCCUCCUCCUGCUCCUGUGCUUGCUGGACUACCUUGUGCCCAACGUACUUCCCAAGUUUAUCAAGCCAAGCGAAUGGACAGAGGAACAACAACAGCGCUAUCAUGACAUAUGUGCCAGUCUAGUGCAGACCAAAGACUUCCUGGUCGUGUGUAAAAACACUUUCUUGACCCUCAAGGAGGAGAAACCCAAACUGUAUUUCUUGUCGGUUAUGAGUGUGUUGGCAACUUUGGCUUGGGUGGGGAAUGCUGUGCACAACCUACUGCUUACCUAUCUAUCAGUGUGCUUUGUGUGUCUUCUCCCCGGAAUGUUGCACCAUGGGAUACUGCAGUACUACUACCUGAUGCUGGUGAGACAACUGAAGGUGGUGAUAGACAAAGUCCAGAAAGCCCGCCAGAAGAAGGACUGAAAAGGGAACACCACAAAC